GUAGUAUUCGGUCUUCUUCGUUGGUACUCAAAGAUGCAGACAGAUAGGUGGUAAACAUCACCGGGGCCUUGCGGUAUUGCCAAAAAUAACACGAGCUUGGCUGUUGUCUGGAGAACCAUUUGUAGAUUUUUCAGAGAAUCAGAUUAAAGAUAUUUCUGACUAUGAACCUCUGGCUGCUUUCUUGAUCUGAUCCGUGGCAGCAGAUCACAUUAUUCCAAGGACAAUAAAAGAAAUCCAUGACUUUUUGACCUGUCUGUAUGCACGUUUACCAGGUCACGUCAGCCAUCUCUACAUACACAUGAGUCCUAUUUUCUCCAUGAGCUGGGCCAAGCGCCAUGCCUGACCGGGACAGCUCCUACCUGUCAGGUGGUGGUGGUAGUGGUGGCAGUCUGGGUGACGAAGGAGGACCUGGGUCUGGUUUGGCAGGGGGCUCAGCAGACGGCAGAGGAAGUUCAGGGGGAAGUGUCGGUGGUAACAGCUCAGGGGGCAUGGGUGGAGGAGGAGCACUCGGAAACAGCAACGGUUGUGGGAACAGUGGAGGUGGGGGGCAAGGUGCAGGAUUAGCAUUGGAUGGGGUCUGCAGAGACUUCAUACGCAAUGUCUGCAAGAGAGGGAAGCGCUGCCGAUUUAGACACCCAGACUUUAAUGAAGUGCCAGACUUGGGGGUGCAAAAGAAUGAAUUCAUCUUUUGUCAUGACCAUCAGAAUAAGGAGUGCAUGCGCUCUAACUGCCGUUUUGUCCAUGGAUCUAAAGAGGAUGAGGACUAUUACAAGAAAACAGGAGAGUUACCCCUCAGAUUACGAGGAAAGGUUGCCGCACGACUCGGCCUGUCCCCAAUGGAUCUUCCCCAUAGCCGGGGGGAGGUUCCUAUCUGCAGAGACUUCCUUAAGGGAGAGUGCCAGAGAGGCAAUAAAUGUAAAUUCCGCCAUGUCAAAAAAGACUAUGAAUAUGAACCCUCCAGGACUGGAGUGGGUGGUGUCAUGGGUCAGGGCACCAGUGGAGUGGUGAAUACUGGGGGAGGCAUAGGUGGAGGAGGUGGUUCAUGUGGAGGAAUGCAAGGACUUAUUGGAGUUGGAAGUGGAGGGAAUAUGAUGGGGACAGGUUGUCCCAGUCUGGGUGGCUGUAGAGAUCCAGUUAUCUCAGGGGUUGGAGGAGUAAGUGGAGCUGGAAUGAGCGGUUGUCUGUCCUAUAGUUCUUCAGGACAGCGACGGUACGAGAGGAGCACAUGCUCAGUAUAUGACCCUCUCCUUGAGAGUGGGUUGUUUGAUGCAGGUUCCUUGGAGGCAUCUAUGGACCACACUGCCUUACAGCUGAAGAGGCGGCGGCUGGAGGGGCUGCGACUGACAGAUGGGAAUGGAGGAGGGCACUAUGAGUUGGGGGUCCAAGCCACCUUCCCACCUCGUCCUCUGGAGUACAGAUUCCUUGAGGAAGAAAAUUCCCUGCUGAGGAAGAGAGUGGAGGAGCUGAAGAAGCAGGUUUCCAAUCUUAUUGCCACAAAUGAGGUUUUGUUGGAGCAAAACGCCCAGUUUCGGAGCCAAGCCAAGGUGAUGACGCUGUCCUCCACUCCUGCGCCCACCGAGCAGAGUCUGGCACCCCCUGUGGGUGCAGUAAGCUCCUACAAUCACAGCAUUGCUCAGACUCACACCACCCUGAGCAGCGCAGGGCUGCAGCCUCGGCCUGUCACUCAGCAAGACCUGGUAGCUCCCACCGGUGCUCCUGCUGCACCUCCGACCAAUGCAGCCCCACCAACAGCUCCUCCGCCACACCUCAACCCCGAGAUUACCCCACUAUCAGCUGCCCUCGCACAGACUAUUGCUCAGGGAAUGGCACCGCCUGUUUCUAUGGCACAAGUGGCAGUAUCUGUGGCACCGGUGGCAGUGUCCAUGACGCAGCCCCUACCUGGGAUCACCAUGAGCCAUGCUACCACCCCAAUGGUGUCAUACCCCAUUGCAAGUCAGAGCAUGAGGAUCACAUCCCUGCCUCACUGAACUUGUAUCGCUUCCCUGACCAGACUGUCAUAUAUUAAAUGGGGAAUUUUAACAGAGGGACUCCUGAUGUGUUUAAUACUCAACUGAUGACUGAAUAGUGUCAGCAGUGAGAUGUAGACACUUGUUUGUCCAGCAGAGGGCAGAAUAAACACUUGUAUGUCCACAAGUCCGGACCUUGCGUUCUGUGACCUCUUCAUUCUUUUCCUGUAAACUCUGGCAAAGAUUUGUGUAGCAGAGGGAUCAUUUUACCCUAAAAUGGCUGCAGUUUCAAAAUAUGUGAAGUCAUCCAUGUUGUUUAAACUUUUUUUUUGCCAGACUGCUGUGCUGUCCAUGUUGGGACAUAAAGACAUUUGAAACAAUUUGUGUUUAUAUUUUUGUGGAUUGCUCUCAUGUAAAUUAACUUUGGUACUUUGCACAUAACAACAAAAAUUAACGACUUAUUGAAUCCUG